AUGAAGCAGCAUCAUUAGUAGUGUCUCUCAUCCAGAGAGGCAAGUGGGUACCCUAGGUUCCAUACAGAGAACAUCCUGAAAAGAAGAUAGAAGAGCUGUAUUUUGUACACAUUUAGUCCUAUGUAGCGUUGUCAUUUCAUUGUCAUGUUAAUGUAGAAAACAACGAGAAAACAUCAUUGUGACGUUGGGAUCCAUCGUAGGACGGGGUUGUUAUAAUCUGUCUCCUGCAUACUUCUGAAUUUUGACAUCACAUCUCACUGAGGAGCCGGAAAGAAUAUUGACGCCAUGCAGCAUGAAGUGUUCCGAGUUCACAUCAGUGGCAAGGACGGCGCAGCCAAGAGAUGCCAUCUCGGAGGAGAUUACCAACUGGUUGUCAAAGACUCCAGUCUGUGUCUGUGCGGUUCGAAGCUGGGCCAGGUCAUAUAUGAAUGGCCGUAUCCACACAUAAGAUGUUACGGAUAUACGGGCAAGGCUUUCAGUUUUGUGGCGGGUCGGUCCUCCUGUUCGGGAGAAGGCAUGAUUUCUGUCAAGACAGAAGAUGGGUUUGCAAUAAACAAAUCAGUCCACGAGAAGGUUCAGCUUAUGAAGACAAACACAGAUUUGAAACAUCAUCGAAGGACUACACAUCGAUCAGGACCCCUGUCACUGCCAGGUGUUCGUGUACACAGACGGCGUAAGAAGAAGAGGAACAGCGGGUGUCACGGAGGUGAAUUCGUUUACAGCGAACCGUACAGUUUAAGUACAAGGUGCGUUUACUCUGAACCGUACAGUACAAGUACCUUCUUCACUACAUGUCAUGAUUACUUAUCGAUGGAUGGGACGGCAUCACGGAAUGCUAGUGAUUGUUAUGUUGGUGCUGCUGCUGUUGCUGGCAAUGAUGAAUAUGCUGAACUGUACGAUGACUGCGCGGGAAGAAACAACGAAUACACGAAACUGCACCGUGAUGACACAGAAUCAUAUGGUGGCGGUAUUUAUGAAACUUUGAAACCAGUUACACGUGUACGAGUGACACGUGCAGCUAAGGGACAACUACUGUAGUCACGGUAUCACAGGUAUUUCAAUAAAACAUCAAAAGGAACACGGGUGGCGGGGUCAUCCGAGGAAUCGCAAAUCGCUGUGUAGAGUUACGCCCCUUUGGCACGCCAGGAACCUAUGAUCAUGGGAUCGAAUCCCGGUUUGUCACGAUUGUUUCUAGGUCUGUAACCACCAUACCAGUGCGCAUGGUUUUUACCAAAGUGCUGGACUCCAAAGACCUGCAUCAUUUCGGUCUUUUCCUCCCGCAUUACGCUGGAACGCCCUGAUGUAACGGGAAUAUUGUUCAACGCGGCGUCAAAACGUACUCACCUAUAUAUAUACAACAAUGCUUGAGGCGUUGAUAUAUAUUCUUGUUUUAUUUUAUCAUACCUCAGUAGUUCGAGCAAUGGUUAUACUCCAUUGUCUGACAUUUGUACAUAAAGACUUUAUCGUUUAAAUAUAUCCUUUUCGUAUUUACAUUCAUAUAUAUGCGGCGUUGUUUCGUUGUUGGAGUUUUACAUUUACAUUUACUUAUUAGUAUAUAUACGUGCUGUUUACGUGGGUAUUUGUUCCGUAUCGACUCAAAUGACAAACGAAAGGGUUAUCUUGUGUUUCGUGUCAAAAUGUUUUGAUUUAAGAUACUACACUAUACUCUCCAACAAAAGUAACUGAUUUAUUACGCACUUGUAUAAACGUAUUGUAAUUGUUACACAUUUGUUUACUUAUUUUCAUGGCAAAAGUGGAACAGCCCUUCGUUUAAACAACACUUGUCUGAUCAGCUGAGGGAAUUUUUUUUGUGGCAAUGAAAUUCAAUGGUUGACAUCAUCAAGUACUGCGCUUUGCUGGGUAGUUAAACGUUCGCUCGUCAAGCCGAAUGCUAGGGUUCGAGUCCGAACAAGGAUGCACUGUUGAAGCCAAUGUCCGAUUUGCCGGUGAUAUUAACUAAUAUUGUUAAAGCAGAGAAAAAC